UAGAUUCCUAUCUCCACCGCGUUCGGGCUCCUCCCAACACCAGCCCCGCAGAACCAAACCCUAGCUGCGCUUCCCUCCUCCUCCAGAUCCCGGCGCCCCGGACCCAUGGCCGUGCUCGUUCCCAGCUCCAGCCUCUCUGCCCGGCGCCCCUCCGCACUCUAGCUCCGGAUCGCCCGCGCACGCAAAGCCAUGGAGCCCACCACAGCCGAGGACGCCGCAGCCGCAGCCGCCGCGCCGGACUCGUGGGAGACGGCCGACAUCGACGGGCCCAUGAGCCGGCUCAUCCUCUCCGCGCGCCGCGUGUCCUCGUCGCCCGACCUCGCCGACGACCAGGACCCGCCCCAGCCGCCGCCGCCUACUCUGCAGCCGCAGAGCGGCCCGGCUUCCUCGGCUGCGCGCGAGGAUUUGGUCGCUCAGGUCGAUCAGUUCCUACGGGAGGCCCUCGAGAAACCAAGGGAGAGGCUUUCUGUGCUAAGAAUGGAGCAAGAAAUUUUGAAGUUCAUUCGUGACCCUAGGCGUACAGAGUUUGAAUUCAAUGGUCUUCCAACUUCGUAUCUGCGUCUUGCUGCACAUCGCCUGGCACAGCAUUACUUCCUGCAGUCUAUUGCCAUACCAGACAACAGUUUGCCUGAUGGAACUGGUUCGCGUAUCAUCCUCCGUAAGACAUCAUCCGAGUGCCGACUGCCUGCUGUCCGCCUUGCAGAUAUUCCAGUUAACCUGCCACAAGAAGAAAGCAUCUCUGUGGCGAAAGUAGCUAUUAAGCAGAGGCCUCAAAAGAAUUUCCAUGGCAUGAACAGCUCAAGUGCUCACUCAUCUAGAGAAAACCUCCAGAAAAGCGUCGAAGAAAGGAAAGAGGAAUACAACAAGGCACGAGCGCGGAUAUUUAACAACAGCAAUAGCAGUAGUGCUACUGAUGGGAGAUCAGCUGAGGAAGUGACUUUACCCAGUACUCUUCACAGGUCCACUUCCUUGGAGUUGAACUCAAGCAGUAGAAUGGGCCAAGGGGCUGAAAUUACUCUCGAAAGGAGCUUGACUACCACGUCAGCUAGCAGCAGGUCAAAUAGAAGCAAGAUUGAUAAGGAGCCUGCAGUCAAUAGAAGCAGGCAGAACAAUAGGGUUGCAAUUUUCAGAGACCGUGAGUCAGAGCGCAAGGAUCCUGAUUAUGACAGAAGCUAUGACAGGUAUAUGCAAAGAUUUGAUCCUGGAUUUGGAUUUAGUGGAGGCCCAUACACAAUUCAACCCCUGUAUGCCCCUGCUGUUAACUACAACACUGAAUUCCCCCAGCUUGGUGCAGCACACCGAUCACCUGUUGCUGUUGAACAGCAACCGCGCCCAAUAGCUCAGCACAUGCCUGCAUCAUGGUCAGUGGCUCAAGCAUCUAAUGCAAUUGGCUAUGGGCCAGAUGGUGUCAUGGGACCUUACAGCCCUGGCCAUACUGGUGCACCUGUGAGAUCGUCUGUUUUCAUGCAUGCUUCACAGCAAUAUGCCAUACCUUCACGCCCUGGAGUCCCAUUUGUACAUCCACAGGAAUCCAUGGGACCAUUUGCACAGACUCACCAACAACAACCUGAUGCUAGUUUGCGCUUUGCCCGGCCCCGGUGAGGGGCCCGGGUAUGCCUGCACCUGCCAGUGUGCAACGAACACAUUAUCCUUUGUUUUGCUGGCAGAUGGUAGCAGGCAUAAAAGAACCGAGAGGCGUAAGGCAGAGUCAGCCAUCUGUUUGAUAUUGUCAGCCUGUGCGCACUCUCGGUGUAGUUGCUCCCUGCAUACUGAGUGCAGGAGGGGCACUUUAUACUCUGUUCUCCUUCAAGCAGAAGCCACUCGAGGUCAACCCCUCUAGUCCAAUCCACAAGAAGCUGAGAGGUGAAGCAUGGGCUGUGGGGCCACCUGCAUGCCCCUUUCAGCUUCAUUCUCAGCGCUGUUGUUUGCUCCUCAUAGAUUGAGAUGCUGGAGGACAUCUUGCCCUCAUUGAAUGGGCUCUGUUGUCAAAGGACUUGUGAUGAUGAUGAAAGAUUGGGAUUGUGGAGUGAGCGAACGAUCAGUGAGUAAAAGAUUGGGACGGUCCAGUAUGUGAACAGGCGACAGGGAUGUGGCUUUUAGCCCCAUUGCCCAUGGGAUGGUUCCCGGUUGAGCUGAGGUGGCAUGAAGACGAUGUUGGGUCUUGCUUUACCUAGUGCAGGCGUGGCACCAUUCUUGGUCAGGUUUAGAAGAGGAGGCAUCUGUCGCAGCUGCUACUCACGUCGCUGGUGUUCUAAAGUUAUUUCUAGUCAGUGCUGUGUUGUAAAUCAAUCCGUGUUAGUUUGAGUGACCAAACCAGUUUCUUGUACCAUGUGCAUGACAAGCAACGAGUCUAGUUAAGAUGAUGACGAAUCAUGUAUACCUCAGUGACAGGUUUACUACAGUACAGUGUUCGGUGUUCGCAUCUCCGUGGUUGUGCGUUUUA